ACGACACACAUGACUUCAACUUUACUACUUACUUACUAAUAUUUACUUACACAUUUGUCCAGUCUGCAGUGUAUGUAAAAAAUACCGAGUGGAAAAAUCGCAGAGCAUGACAAUUAUUUUAAAAUACUCUUUAAUUUAUUAAGUAAUUAGUCAGAAUAGUAUUUAUAAAGAUGUUGGAGGGUGUCAAGCAUAUUUUCAUGGUCCUCUCGGGCAAAGGCGGUGUUGGGAAGUCAACAGUCAGUACCCAGUUAGCUCUUGCUCUGCAAGUGUCUGGAUUUAAGGUCGGGAUUCUAGAUGUUGAUCUUUGCGGUCCAAGUGUCCCUUACCUGUUGAAUUUGGAAGGCAAGGAUGUGUACCAAUCAUCAGAGGGGUGGAUUCCAGUCUACACUGAUGAUGACAAGGGUUUGGCAGUUAUGUCAAUAGGAUUCUUAUUGAAGAACCGCAAUGACAGUAUCGUUUGGCGAGGUCCCAAAAAAACAGGAAUGAUAAAAGAAUUUUUGAAUGACGUCGCUUGGAAUGACAUCGAUUAUCUAAUUAUCGAUACACCACCUGGUACUUCAGAUGAACAUAUAACAGUCAUGGAAAACUUGAAAGGAGUGAAGUGUGAUGGAGCUAUCAUCGUUACUACACCCCAGGCGGUUGCUGUUGAUGAUGUCUUGAGGGAAGUUACUUUCUGUCGAAAAACCGGGAUUCCUAUUAUUGGUAUUGUCGAAAAUAUGAGUGGAUUUGUUUGCCCAACUUGUUCUGAAUGUACUAAUAUUUUUUCAUCUGGAGGAGGCUUCGCAUUAUCUGAAAUAGUCAAGGUUCCAUUCCUAGCAAAGUUACCAAUCGAUCCAGCGAUUGGUAAACUAGCUGAUAAAGGACAAAGUAUUUUGGUGACUAUGCCAGACAGCCAAGUGGCUCAAGUAUUGAGAAAACUUGUUGAAGAAUUAACUAAAAGUAAGGAAGCUUGAUUGAAGAAAUAUGUUGGUGUAAUUAUAUGUCGACUAUAAUUGGAUAAUUAUAAGACAGGAAAAAAAGAAAACGAAUUUAGAAUUUAAUUAUAUUUUUUAUCUAUUAAUUUUUAAGUAAAAAAUAAAUGGUUAUUUUUUAAUGUUGA